AUGGAUUCAACUGUUCCAUUCCAUUGUCCUUUCAUGGAUUCAGCAACUAUUUCUCAAGAAAUCUUUCAAGCGAUAAUCAAGCCAAAUCGCUCUCUCACUUCUAAAGAUGCAUGGCUUCAAAUUGAGUGUUUAUUCUGUGAUCAAGUCAGUUCUCGAACACUUCAACUCAAAGUCCAGUUUCAUAAUCUUAAGAAAGGUAGUCUUUCCAUUAAUGAAUAUGUCCAUCGUCUCAAGUCCGUAGCUGAUGCCUUAACUUCCAUUGGAAAUCCUAUCUCUGAACCCGAUCUUGUCUUCCAAAUUCUCUCUGGCUUACCUCCAAAAUAUAUGUCUGUGAGCACCUCUAUUUUCACUCGUGUUCCUCUUCCUUCCUUUGUUGAGGCACUUUCCCUUCUAUUUCUCUAUGAAUCUCAAUUAAGCAGUUUCUCUAGUUCUUCUACGGAUAAUGUUACCACUGCUUUUGUGGCCAAGCAACAGUCUUCUUCCUCCUAUGGUCGUCGACGUGGUCAACAAAACAAUGGUGGUCGCCAUUCCAAUAGUGGGCAUUGA